AUGAGAGAGAAAGAGAGUCCUCUCUCCCCGGGUUCAUUGGCUCGUUUCUUUCACGCUGUUGCUGCUGCUGCAUGUUGCGUCAAGCGACAAGGCGCUCGCCGCGCGACGGUUCGGCCGCCAGCUGAAGUUCAACGUGCAAAGACAGAGCAGCGACGAUCGCAGCGUUCAGCUUUCAAACAGCCUACACCUCUGAUAUAA